UCGCCGCAGCUUAGGCGAGAGAGCUUCCUCGGAGCCGGGAUGUCUUCGCCGGCCUCGUCCUCCUCCGCCUCUGAUGCGGAGGCUCCCUCCGGAGCCCCGGCGACGAAGGCGGCGGCGCUGCUGCUGUGGGAGCGCGCCUGGUCCCUCGAAGAGGUUCGCUCCAGGAGCCAGUCCUGGUCCCUGGCGGCCGACGCAGGGCUUUUGCGGUUUCUGCAAGAGUUCUCCCAGCAAACAAUCUCCAGAACACAUGAAAUAAAGAAGCAGAUGGACAGACUGAUUCAUGAAACUAAAAGUAUAGAUUGCCGCCUACACAAUGUCUUCAAUGGUUUCCUCAUGCUUUCCAAUAUGCAGUUCAUUGAAAAUAGAGUAUAUGAUGAUGAAAUGGAUGAACUCAUAUCUAAAACUGAAGGAGGAGACAAACCAGAACAGGAGAAAACCCGUGAACAGAAAGAAGCUGAUUUGAUUCCCAAAAUCCAGGAAGCCAUCAAUUUUGGGCUGCAGGUAUUAGACAGUGCCUUUGAACAACUGGAUAUAAAAGCAGGGAACUCAGACUCUGAAGAAGAAACCAAUGAAAGGCUGGAAUUAAUACUAGAGCCUAAGGAUCUUUACGUUGAUCGACCUUUGCCGUAUUUAAUUGGCUCCCAACUGUUUAUGGAACAAGAUGAUGUUGGGCUUGGUGAUCCUUCCAGUGAAGGUUCAGUGGAUGGUGACCAUGGAAGCCUGAUGGACAGUGAAGGAAAAGAAGAAGAGGAACUGGAAGAAUUUGGGACUACAAGUGAUGAAGAUCAGAAACAGAGGACAGUACUGAUGAGUGAUGAAGAUGAAGACCUUUUUGGUGACUAUGAAAAAGGAGAAGAGGAAGAGGGUGACCUAGAAGAAAAUACAACAUUGAAAAGACCUACAUCAUUUACUGAUGAACUUGCAGCCCGAAUCAAAAGGGAAGAGCUAUGUAAACAAGAGGAAGAACAACUGUAUAUGAAAAAUAAGACUAUAGUCACUGUUAAGGAAGAUGUUAAUGUUUUCUCAGAUGAUGAGGACAUCUUUAAGCCCCCCAAGCUAACUGAUGAAGAUUUCUCACCAUUUGGUUCUAAAGAUGGACUCUUCAGUGGUGGGACAGGACUCUUCGAUGAUGAGAGGGAUCUUUUUGCUGAAUUUUCAAAAGAGGAAGAUACAGUGGCAGAAGAAGCACGAAUCCCAAUAAAUGAUGAGCCAUCAUCAAAAGCAGUAAAGAAAGUUCCUGCUGGAGCAGUUUCUCUCUUUCCAGGUAUAAAUGAUGUAUUUAGCCCUUCUUCAGUACCAUUGGAGAAAGAGAAUAAAAGAUUGGCAGAAUCAAUUACAGAUAAGUCUCCCAAGCUAGACGAAGCUCCUGGUCUAUUUGAUGAGGACAACAAUUUUGAAUCCAGUAAAAGUACUUCUGUUAUAGCCAAAUCUUCUGUGGAUUUCUUUGAUGUUGAUGAGGAUCUAUUCAAGGAAAGGCCUGACAUUAUCAACAUUGCAAAAAAUGUAGCUAAAGAAGCUAAAAUAAAUAAAGAACUGACAGCAGGAGACAAGAGUCAACAUUCUGCUGAGGGGUUCAAAAAUUUAAGCCCAACACCUUCCAAGAGUCAGAAAAACCUAUUCUCUGAUGAAGAGGAUUCUGAAGACUUGUUUUCUUCACAUGAGUCCAGAGAAGUGAAGAAUUCAGCUUUGUCAUCUACUAAAGUAAUGGCAAAAACAUCAAUGUCUUUGUUUGAAGAUGAGGAAGAAGAGGAACUCUUUGGAUCUCUGCCUAAGAUGUCAACAUCUUCUCAGGAGAGAACAGCCACCUUGUUUUUCAGCAGUGAUGAAGAGGAUCAUUGUAAUAAUAAAAAACAGGUCAAAACUACUUCGGAAGGAAGUAAAAAAAAGGAACCUAUAAAGUCUGCCUAUGGGGCCAGUCAAACUAUUAAGAGGGGCCUCUUUGAAGAAGAAGAUGAUUUCUUUGUUACCACAAAAGACAGCAAUAAAAAAAUACCUCAGAAAAUGGCUCCUCUGUCUGAAGAUGGUACCUUGCACUAUAGCCCUCAACCAGCCUCAACCAGCCCUCAGCCAGCCUCAUCUGAUGCCCAAACAGUAACAGUACCUGCAGAUCAACAGGAAGAUUUCCUGGAAAGACCACAGAAGAAAUCAGUAGAAAAGAAAGCAAGACCUUUGGAAGAAUCUGAUAUACAUCAUGGUUAUAAUCUUGGAGGUGGGGACGCGGUGGCGCUGCGGCUUCUGUCUGUGAACUUCCAGCUCUUUUUGGAGAAAGAUGCCAAGAGAAAGAUGAGAAGUGUGUUCAGUUUGUUUGAGGAAGAGGAGAAAAAUGAAGUUAUGGAUACCAAUAAGAACAAACAUGUGGGAAUAGGGAAGCCUUCAGAGAAGAGCACAGGUGUGUUUCAGGAUGAGGAACUUCUCUUCAGCCAUAAACUGCAGGAAGACAAUGAUCCUGAAGUCGACCUUUUUGCCAACAAAAAAGGGAUUCCAAGCUCUAAAGCAAAAUUAUUGUCUGGAGAAUGGCUAUUUGGGGCUGAUGACAGUGGUGAUGAUGGUCUCUUCAGCAAUUCUACAACAAAGCCCUUGGUACAUUUGGAAAUUAGCCCAACAGAUAAACUGUCUGGGAGAGCUUCUACUAUGAAACCACCAUCAGAGGCACCAUAUCAUGUGCCUAAUGACACAAAGCAUACCAAAGUAGUCUCUGCCACCAGAAAUACUACAGAGAUGGGAGUCAGUUUUGAUUGCCCUAUGAAAGCAGACACCUUGCAUAAUGCCAACAAGGGAAGAAUCAAAGUGAGUGGGAAACGAAGGCCACCAACCAGAACUGCCAGGCGAUUAGCUGUUGAAGAGCUUGACAAAAAUGAAAUAAAUACCACAGAGGACCCAUGUCUGCCUCUCUUAAAAGGAAAUUCUGGGCCAUCAGCUAUAUUAUAUAAUAGUGAACUACGCAGAAAGGCAAAUACUGAAAAUGCUUGCUUGGUUAUAUCAACCAACAGCAGCCACCAGCCCAGUGAGUCAAAAUGUAGCCCUCUUGUAAAAUCAACAGCCUAUUCUGAUGGGGAUGAUCUCUUUGAGUCCAACCAACUUUUUACCAAGGAUAAAGACUCUAAAGCAGCCGUAAGACCAAAGGCAACACUGGAAACUGAGGGCAUUGUAAGUCAGGCCUCAGAAAGAGACGAGCAGUUGCCUGCUGCAUUAGCACAAGACAGUACAAGUUGCAAUGACCUCUUUCAGUCUGGAAAGACGUUAAGGAAAGUCAGCCCUGUCCCUUUCCUCGAAGACAAACAGGAUGUCUUCACCACUAGAAGGAAAACUAUGAAGAGGAAAGGACGCGAACUCACAUCUCAGUUACCUCAGAGUUCUCCAGUCCAUGACAUUUUUGAGGAUGAUAUAUUUGCAGUAGAAACUUUUAAGCUGCCAGUCAAAGCAAAAGAGUUGGAAGUCAACUUGUUUGAUGAUGAUGUUGACAUCUUUGCUGAUCUUGCUGUAAAAUCAAAGGAAAAGAGUACCAGAAAGAAGAUAGAAGCUAAAUCCAUAUUUGAUGAGGACACAGAUGAUAUCUUCUCACCUGUUAGUCAAUCUAAGACAUCAAUCAAAAAGACAGCCUUUCAGACAGUCUCAGGAAGUAAGUGUGAACUCAGAACAGCAAGCACUUUUGAAGACCCUCUCAGUGCAUUUGAAGGGCAAUAAUAAAGAGACUGCUGGAUAAUUUAAAAUACACUUGUGUCACUGAAUGCAAAUUCCUUUAUUUUCUAAUCAAAUACCUGAUAUGAUAAAACUGAAUAUUCUUGGACUCAUUCACUUACCUAUUUUACUCCACAUGGCAUUUAAAAAAAAUAAUGUUGUAAAAGUUGUUUGAGCAAACGAUAACUGUCCUAAUUAGCUUGUUCUUGGAAAUGUAAUAUAUUAUAUAUAGUAUAAAUCAAAAUUACAAAAACAUUAAUAUUGCUCAAUGGCAUUUAUGACACCAGUAUUUUCUGAUCUGCUAUAUUGUAAGCAAACUCACUUUCUGGAAUUAAGUUUAUGAUUAUAACUCAUGAUUAUCAGAAUCUAUAUUCUCCUUUUGGGUAUAUCCUUGGUUACAGAUAAAGAUUGUUUCAUUUUGCUGGAAGGGAUGGGAUGAGAUAAGAUGGAAUGGUAUCAUUCACUACUAUACAUACACGUGGAUAAGCCCAUCCACGGAUAAGCUGACCCUCAAUUUUUUUACCAAAAUACCAUGAAAAAUGUGCCAUCUGAGGAUAAGCCAUCCCAUAUUUUUCAUGGUACUU